AUGUCUAAUAUUGACGAAGACGUUGGGCACACAGUGAUCCACUUCUUAUACACAGGCGGCUACGAGACAGUCAACUCGCCCCUUGAGGAAGGCACGUCAGAUCUCGCCAGAGAAUACAAGAGGAGCGUUUUAGUCUACCAUGCGUCAAGGACUUGGGGCCUUACUGAUCUUGAAAUACUUGCUCAGCAAAAGAUGCAGCAAUUAGAUGAGGAGCUUCCUGUUCUUGAAAUACUGCGGGUCAUGAGGGACGUGUUUUCAAGCCUCCCCGCAGGCGAAACCUGGCUUCCAGGGUACAUUCAAGGAAACCUGCAGCGAUUACUAACGUCCGAUGAUCCAUGGCUUGAUUUAUGCGAAUUUUACGAUAUUAUCGGCCAAAACCAUCAGUUUGAUAAUGCGGUGAUGAAAAUGAUUAUCGAGAUACUAUCUAUUCGCUUGGUUUCUAUGAAAGAUCAGCACGUUAAAACACCGAACUCCAUCAUCUCAAAUGAAUCUCCUCUUCAAGGGCCUAUCUCCAAAGAGCCUGAGCCUUCCCUAGAAGAGACUGAGUAUUUGCCUGAACAGACUGAGUGUUUGCCUGAAGAGCCUGAUUAUUUGCCUGAAGAGACUGAGUAUUUGCCUGAAGAGCCUGAUUAUUUGCCUGAAGAGACUGAGUAUUUGCCUGAAGAGACUGAGUGUUUGCCUGAAGAGCCUGAGUAUUUGCCUGAAGAGACUGGGUGUUUGCCUGAAGAGACUGAGUGUUUGCCUGAAGAGACUGAGUGUUUGCCUGAAGAGCCUGAGCCUGUCCUCGAAGAGCCUGAGCCAGUUCUGAAAGAGCGACCUGCUGAACGGGAUAGCGAACUUUGGACCAUUUCCCGAGUGCCUGCUGAUGCUGACAGCUGGCUGCGCGCUUCUUUGUUGCCCGGAGAUACGCCUAAUGCCGAAAUACUACAAGAGGCUUCUGAUCAGGGCCAUAUAGCGAGGAUUUCAAGCGAGGACUUAACU